AUGACGGGAGGAAAGAAGGAGGGUUCGAACAACCCAUCCGCCAUCCGUAUUCGUGACAACCAGCGGCGCUCCCGUGCACGUCACAAGGAGUAUGUCGAAGGCCUGCAGAAGAAGCUCCAAGACUAUGAGCGUCAAGGAGUCGAGGCCACCCUUCAGAUGCAGCAGGCCGCUCGCAACGUCGCCGUCGAGAACUCGCGCUUGAGGAUCCUGCUGGGUUACCACGGCGUCACCGCCGAAGAUAUCGACAAGUUCUUGCAGAGCUUCCCAGAUCAACCCGCUACCGAUGCCGCAAAGGCCACCCUAUCGCAGUCAGCCGCUGGUCAGCCGCCUGCCCUCGGCACAACGCCCAAGAUGGCUCUUCAACCCCUGUCUCGACCGCCGUCAGCAGAUCCCAUCAGGUCAACAUACAUGCCUCCCCAAAUCGCUGAAAAGAGCAGCACCCGCGAAGUCGUCGACGCAAUCGUAGGAAUCAGAAGAGACGGCAACAAGUCGGGAUCAUCCAGCUCCAGCGGUCCACAACUUUUACCCAUCGAACGACAAACGCUCCUCCAACCUCGACCUCAACCGCCAGCCUUACCAGUCUUGCCCGCACUCGUCCUAGGACAGAGCAGGCCAGAACCUAACCCCCUCGAUAAACUGUCAGUCCUCGCAAAUGCGAGUGUUCAGCAAGAACCCGGUGCCAGCAAGCACCAUCGUACCCAUUCCCGCACAGAUAGCCUCCUCGUCCCGAGUCCGCCAGUAGUAGGGCAAAGCUCACCCACCUCCUCGCAUACGACCCCCAGCCGAUUGAGCUCGACGUCUCCACGGAGCUACGAGUACGGUUCGAGAUCACCGCUCGACCUUCCGGUUGGGACAGCACCCAGCUUCGUCACGGAAGUUCCAGGCCGCAGGGAAUCUGACUCGAUAAAUCCGGCGCUAAGUGGUGACAAGGGCGCUGUCCAGAGGUCGCCGGUACUCCGUGUACACGAUGAGAGGACCCCCUGA